UAAAGUAUAUAAAAGCUAAAAGCUGGCGAACUAAAAUAGAAAAUCAUCAAAGCCGAAACAGGUGAAUAACAAAAAAGCACGCUGCCACAUCUAGUCGUGAGUGCUGCUCCCACCUCUAAGUUACACUGGCGAUUUGUUGGUAACCACUGCGGACACUUCCACUGAGGCUACCGAGAACGGGGCAGGUGGAUUCAAGGGACUCAGCGAUACCAAAGCAGGCCACAACCCGAACAAUAUGGGAAACACGGAUUCCAAGUUGAACUUUCGAAAGGCGAUUGUGCAGCUGACGCAGAAGAACCAGAAGAUCGACCCCAGCGACGAGCAGUUCUGGGAGCAGUUCUGGCAGGGCCACCAGACGACGCUGGAGGAUGUGUUCGCGCUGGUCACCUCGAGCGAGAUUCGCCAGAUCCGGAACGAGAACCCAGCCAAUCUGGCCACUUUGUGCUACAAGGCGGUGGAGAAGCUGGCCCAGGCGGUGGAUAGCAGCUGUCGCACUCAGGCGGAGCAGCAGUGCGUCCUGAACUGUGUCCGCCUGCUCGUCCGGUGCCUGCCCUACAUCUUCGAGGACGACAAGUGGCGUGACUUCUUCUGGAGCAGCCUGCCCUCGCAAGAGAAGACCAUGCCGCUGGCCCAAUCGCUACUGAAUGCCACUUGCGAUCUGCUCUUCUGUCCGGACUUCACGGUCACGGCCACGCGGCGCACGGGUCCGGAGAAGGCCGAGGAGCUGGCCAAUAUCGAUAGCUGUGAGUACAUUUGGGAGGCGGGCGUGGGCUUUGCCCAGUCACCUCCCCACAACGCCCAUAUGGAGCGCAGGCGCACGGAAUUGCUGAAGCUAUUGCUCACCUGCUUCUCGGAGCCCAUGUACCGAUCUCCGCACCAGUCCGAGGAGCCCAACAAGUGGAUAGCCUACUUUACCUCCGCCGACAAUCGGCAUGCCUUGCCCUUGUUCACAUCGUUCCUAAACACCGUGUGCUCUUACGAUCCCGUGGGAUUCGGAGUGCCCUACAAUCAUCUGCUAUUUGCGGACACCACGGAGCCUUUGGUUGAAGCGUGCCUCCAACUGCUUAUUGUUACCUUGGACCACGACAUGGUGGUGCAGCAGCAGCUCACCCAACCCGGGCAGGCAUCCUACGACGAGGGCAACAGCGGCGACAACUUGUUCAUUAACUAUCUGUCACGAGUUCACCGGGAUGAGGACUUCCACUUCGUGCUUAAGGGCAUAACCCGGCUGCUGAACAACCCCCUGGUCCAAAAUUACUUGCCCAACUCCACGAAGCGGCUGCACUGCCACCAGGAGCUACUCAUUUUGUUCUGGAAAAUAUGCGACUACAACAAAAAGUUUCUGUAUUUCGUGUUAAAGAGCUCCGAUGUCCUGGAUAUCCUAAUUCCCAUUUUGUAUCAUCUGAACUACUCCAGAGCCGACCAAUCUCGUGUGGGGUUGAUGCACAUUGGAGUGUUCAUACUGUUGCUACUAUCGGGCGAGAGGAACUUUGGAGUUCGCCUAAACAAGGCUUACUCCGCCACCGUGCCGAUGGAUAUACCCGUGUUCACUGGAACCCAUGCGGACUUACUUAUCACAGUGUUUCACAAAAUAAUAGCCACUGGCCAUCAGCGACUUCAGCCCCUUUUCGAUUGCCUACUGACCAUUCUUGUGAAUGUUUCGCCUUAUCUGAAAACCCUAUCGAUGGUGGCCAGUGUGAAGCUGUUGCAUCUCCUGGAGGCCUUCAGCACACCGUGGUUUCUGCUAUCGGCACCCAGUAAUCAUCACUUGGUUUUUUUCCUGCUGGAGAUCUUCAACAACAUUAUACAGUAUCAAUUCGAUGGUAACUCGAAUCUAGUCUACACCAUUAUACGAAAACGUCAUGUGUUCCAUGCUAUGGCAAAUCUCCCAACCGAUAUGGCUGGUAUAGCGAAGUGCCUGAGUGGCCGUAAGACAGGUGGAAAGUUCAAUUUGCCGCGCGUACCGCAAAGGAAAACGGCAGCCGUUUCCCAGGAGCUGCCCUCGGCCCAUGUACCCGAAGAGUACAACGAUGAAGAUGAGGAUGAUGACGAGGAGGACACAAUUAAUGAAGAGCCCAAAGCGGAGGAAGAUCUCGAAUCGGAGACAGAGUCACAUGAGCGAUCUCAGUCGGGGGAGCAGCAACCGGAUGUUCUUACGGCCCAACCAGCCGAGCCGGGAACACUGAAAACCUCCUUGCUGGACACCCCGGCCAUCAGUCAGAUGACGGAGCGGGAGCCGGCACAUCCAAAUGAUAAGCCGCAGGCGGAGGAUUCCACGGAUAUUGUGCCCUAUGACAGGUCAGCUGCUUCGACACCAACUGGCGAUCGCAAGUCCACCUCACCCACAGAGCUGUCGCGUUUCUCGGUGGCGCACAGAAGCAGCAUUCGCAUGGUGCCGGGCGAGGGCGAUCGCUGGGCACCAACGCCCGAGUGGAUCGUCUCCUGGCGCUCAAAGCUGCCACUGCAGACCAUCAUGAGACUGUUGCAGGUCCUGGUGCCCCAGGUGGAGAAGAUCUGCAUUGACAAGGGACUGACUGAUGAGUCGGAGAUCCUCAAGUUUCUGCAGCACGGAACCUUGGUGGGAUUGCUGCCCGUGCCGCAUCCCAUUCUCAUCCGGAAGUACCAGGCCAAUGCGGGGACCACGGCAUGGUUCCGCACAUACAUCUGGGGAGUCAUCUAUCUGCGCAACGUGGAGCCCGCCAUAUGGUACGAUACGGAGGUCAAGCUCUUUGAGAUCCAGCGCGUGUAGGUCAGUAUGUGGAAACCAAACCAAACAGCAGCGAAACCGUAGCUCACACGCUUUGGCAUUUAUUGUAGUUAAUUUAUUUAGUGCAUAUUUCAUUCCAAAAGUCUUUGUGAAAAAAUCAAUGUAUAAUGAAUUCCCUUUACUUUAUGUCUGCUUAUCGGUUUUCCACGUCUUUCGAUUUUUUUGUCGACGCGAAUCACCCGAAAAUGAGGCUUAUCAGUUGUAACGAUGUAGCGUGAGUUCCUUUUAACUGAUUUGUUAUCGGCUUUUAGCAUUGAUAUUUAAUUGCUUUUCCUAAUUUAUUAAUUUAUAGAGCUCUCCAAAACAAAAGCGUAAGCACAAAGUGUUUGUAUUUUAGUUGAAGACUAAAUUAUUAAACAAUAAUUGUAUUUAUUUUUGUAAUCUGUGACUCAAAAUGUUCCUUGUGCCGUAUUUUUAAUACAUUAUUUAUUAUAUUAAUUUAACUUUUUAAAUUCCUGUAUAAAAAAACGAGAAAUUCACUGCUAUAAUCGUAUGCUUUUGCUUCUGAUAACCAUUCUACUUAAAAUAAACAUAAUUCUUUCCACACACCCACGAUUCAAGUUGUUAAU